CAGCCGGAAGAAGUAUUCUCCUGUCUGUCACUGACCUCUGCAGGUCGUGUCCGGCCGCAGCUCCCAGUCCCGCCAGUCAAGAUGCCCUUCGUGGUUCUGGACAGCAACCUGCCCGCCGACAGCUUCUCCUCGGGUUUCCUGCAGCGGUUCUGCUGCGUCACCGCGGCGGCGCUGGGGAAACCGGAAGACAGGAUGAACAUGGUGGUGCAUCCAGGGCUGCCGAUGCUGGUGAGCGGCUCCUGCGCUCCGUGUGUUGUGGUGUCGGUGUCGGCCAUUUCUGUGACGGACAGCGCCGAGAAGAACAAGGAGCACAGCGCCAAGAUCUUCAAGUUCCUGACCGAAGAACUGAGCCUGGCUGAAGACAGGAUUGUGAUCCAGUUCCUGGAGCUGCAGCCUCACCAGGUGGGGAAGAAAGGAACCGUGAUGAGCUUCCUGUGAAGAACCAGCAGCAGACGACCUUUAACCUCUGCCCAUUCCAGAAUCCCAACUGGAGAUUUGUACCGUUGAAAUAAUGUCACUGUUUAAAGUGAAGCUGUUAAUUCCAGAAGUAGAAAUCGAGUUGGUUCGGUUCUGCUGGAGGAACCGGCCCGGUUCCUCUGAUCGGCUCUGGGAUCGAUUUCUCUUCCUGUAGAUGAAAUAAAGAUCAUCACUGCACAUCCCAUAA